AUGACGACCAACGGCGGCGAUGAUGUGGUCUCUAGGGUUUCGAUUCCGGCUGAUCUGCUGGAAACAUUUCAGAGCAUCAGAGAGUAUACAGGGAAACAACAUUCCGAUGAGGAUAUCUUCUCUGUCUUCAAGGAUUGUCUCUGUGAUCCACAUGAGACCGCUCAGAAACUCCUCUUUCUAGAUACUUUUCAUGAGGUGAAAAGCAAACGGGAGAAAAAGAAAGAGAAUUUAGUGCCACAGGCACAAGAAAAAGGCAGGAAUGGUCGGAGAAACUUCGCUUCAAAUUACACUGGUGUCAAUAAUGGAAGAAGUGGAGCCUCUAGAAGGCAGAGUGGAGCUAAUCACAGAAUAAGAGGUUCCGGAGCUGCUUCGCCUGCUCCUAACAAAGCAACAAAUGGCACAAUACCUCCUUGUUCCAUAAAAGCGUCUAACCCUGUAAUUCCUCCAAGUAGAGUCAGUAAUCCGGAAAUUACAGAACACCCUCUCUCCAAGUUUGCUUCUUCGUCUGAGGAUGUUACUGAGCUGAUGAAGUCUAAAGCAAGUGAAACUGUACCUGUAUCAGAUUCUGUUGUACAAAACGAUACUCAAUAUGCUGUAGAUGGAACUUCUGUGAGCUCACAGCAAUCAUCUACUUCUUCUCAGCAAUCAGCCACUUCUAAUUGCGGUAAUCAGUCAGAUCAAGUCACUAGGAGUGAGGCUGCAACUCAUAAAGGCAAUAGUCAACCGCUUCUCAAGUCAGAUGUUGGUGAACGGCCCCAUGUAACGUUUCCCGUCCACCUUCAGGUAGCCAAAAUGCUAGAAAAUGGUCUGACGUUUGGGAGCUUCGAUUCUGAAUUUGUGAAAGAGACAUCUUGUGAUAAUAUUACUUUUGGGUGUGAUGUCACCACUAUCAAGUCUUCUCAUGGGGCUUCAGCUAGGAAAGAUGUAUCAACUUUUUCUCAAGAUAAGGAUCAUGAGAUUUCAAAUUCAGCACCUGAGACCGAGCUUGCGUUGCAGUCAGAUCAAACUGUUCAACUUGUAGAAGGUUCUGAAGUAGAUAAACUGAACGAGGAGUCUUCACCAAUCAAAGACACUCAUCAGGUCGGUUAUACUGUAAAUUGUGAUGUUCCACCUAUCUCCUAUCCUGAUCAGUAUUCCCUAGCAGCUUCCCAACAGGCAAUGCACCUUUACAGACAACAAUACCCUCUAAACGUUCUCCCUUACGGUCUCUAUUACCCACCCUUUUAUAUGCCGCAACAAUACAUCCACCAGUUCUUGCCCUCAAACGGGUUCCAACAACAGUCUUGCUUACAUCCUCAAGAUGAUACUUCAGUACCUCCUGGAGAUAAACUCCAUCUCCCACAGAUCAAAUCAGGAGCCAACACUGGAAACUCUGAACCUACCACAUUUCCAUCACCAUAUGAUUCAUACGCAGCUGCGUUUAACCACACCCAAUCACCAGCCACCGUAAACUCUGUCCACAAGGAAGAAAAGAAGGAAGACAAUUACACAACCGUACCACUGAGUCUAGCUAACCUGCAGGCCAGUGCCAUGUACAACUUAUCCCUUCAGGGCCAGCCAUUAGUUUUCCCAACCUUGCAGGCUGGGUUCACUGGAAUGUACCAACAAACAAGGCCUAUACUACCGUCUCCAACUAUAUCUUCAAUGAACGAACAACCCAUAGGACUCCCGCUCAUAACUAAUCAGCAACUUCAAGCUGAGCCCACGAAUCUGGGUAACAACUACUAG